GCUUUCUGCUCCCAGUUCUCUAAGGGCGUGUACACCAUCAUGGGCCUGUAUGACCGGAAGACGGUCAACAUGCUGAUGUCUUUCUGUGGCUCUCUUCACGUGUGCUUCAUCACGCCGUCAUUCCCAGUUCAGACCAACAACCAGUUCGUCCUGCAGCUGCGGCCCCAGCUGCAGGAGCCCCUCAUGGCCCUUUUGGAGCACUUCAAAUGGAAAAGGUUUGUCUACAUGUACAGCUCUGAUUCAGGUCUGACAGUGCUACAGAGGAUCCUUGAUACAGCAGCAGAGCGCAGUUGGCAGGUUACCUCCGCUAAUUUGGACACAAUGACGGAAAAGACCUUCAUCAAACUCCUGGCUGAUCUUGACUACAAGGAGGACUUUCAUAUCAUCAUUGACUGUGAACUGGAACGAUUGAACAACAUCCUCAACCUGAUUGCAGCUCAAAAGAGAAACUUGAAGAACUACCAUUACAUCCUGGCCAACUUGGGCUUUCUGGACCUGAACGUCACAGAGUUUCAGAAGCUGGCACCAAAUGUGACAGGCUUCCAGCUGGUGAACCGAACCUGCCCAGCUGUGGAGAAAAUCAAUGAAGACUGGAUGGGCUUUGACAGCAAAGACCUCAAACUGACACGAAAGAGGCUCAAGUACACAGGAGCUCUGACCUACGACGGCGUCAACGUCAUGGUGAAAGCUUUCCAAAACCUGCGGCGGCAGCGCAUUGACAUCUCUCGCCGUGGUAACGCAGGGGAGUGUCUGGCCAACCCACCAGCGCCAUGGGGACAAGGCAUCGACAUCCAGAGAGCUCUGCAGCUGGUUCGUCUUGAAGGACUGACUGGUCACGUUGAGUUUAAUGAGCGAGGACACCGCACCAACUACACAUUGACUGUGAUGGAGCUCAGCCACAUGGGGCCCCGGAAGAUCGGCUUCUGGAAUGAGAAGAGAGGCUACGUCCACACACCCGUCUCCAGGCUCCCGACAGAAGGGGUGGUUAAUCUUCUGAACAAAACCUACAUUGUCACCACCAUAUUGGAAGCUCCUUACAUGAUGCUGAAGAAGAACCACGAGCAGCUUACAGGAAAUGACAAGUACGAAGGUUACUGUGCUGAACUAGCAUCCGAGAUCGCCAAACAUGUUGGCUUCACCUACCAGCUAGAACUGGUGGGAGACGGAAAGUAUGGCUCCAGAGACCCGGAGACAAAGCAGUGGAAUGGCAUGGUGGGAGAACUGGUCUACGGGAAGGCAGACAUGGCCGUCGCCCCACUGACAAUCACUCUCGUCCGAGAGCAAGACAUUGACUUCACCAAACCCUUCAUGUCUCUGGGAAUCUCCAUCAUGAUCAAGAAACCAACCAAGUCCAAGCCAGGCGUUUUUUCCUUCCUUGACCCACUGGCCUACGAGAUCUGGAUGUGCAUCGUUUUUGCCUACAUUGGAGUCAGUGUGGUGCUUUUUCUGGUGAGUCGUUUCAGUCCCUACGAGUGGCAAGGCGAAGAGUCCGAUGAAGAAGAUGAAACUGUUCCAGCUUCAGCAUCUCGACAAGCUCCUCCCACUUCAUACUCGGAAGACCCUCGCUCUCCAGGUUACUCUCAGGCUCAGAAUCAGAACCAGAACCAGCAGAAAGAUAAAGAAGCUCCUGAACACACCAACGACUUUGGGAUCUUUAAUUCUCUCUGGUUCUCACUAGGGGCCUUCAUGCAGCAGGGCUGUGACAUCUCCCCCAGAUCCCUCUCAGGUCGAAUUGUUGGAGGGGUGUGGUGGUUUUUCACCCUCAUCAUCAUCUCUUCCUACACAGCCAACCUGGCAGCUUUUCUCACUGUGGAGAGAAUGGUAUCCCCCAUAGAGAGUGCAGAAGACCUAGCCAAGCAGACCGAGAUCGCCUAUGGUACACUUGAAGGGGGCUCUACCAAAGACUUCUUCAAGGUUAGUGUGCAUGUUCACUCUUGA